AUGAUCAAAGAAGCAUGUUUGAAUGUAACUGAUUUGGAACAGCCCAAGAAGCCCAAGUUCUCUCCGUCACCACCGCCUCCCCCAGUAAUUACUCCCACUCCUACAGCACCGCCUGCAGUCAUCGUGCCCAGUGGGCCUCUUGCCCUGCCGCCUUUGCCAUCAGUUGAUCCAUCAGCCCCGAGGAAAGGUAUCGAUGGAGAGAAGCACUCAACACCUACCAUCACAGCCACUCUUGCCUCGGCAGUUCUUCCAGCAGAGACCAUUUCAGCAUUGCCAGGCUUGGCCAGUGGUGGAUCCAGCAAGGACGAUGGCAGACCGCCAAGGAUGAACCCAGAGACAGAGCAUGCUCUCAUUGCUGUUGGCUCAAUAGGAUCAUUCAUCUUCGCAUCGUUCCUUGUGUGGAUUGUGUGGAGGACGAUGAAGAGGGCAGGACGGAUGAGAAGAGAACGGGAGUCUGGAUACCAAGGCGACAGACCUGGCGGCAUCGGCUCUAAGAUUCCAUUCUUCAAGGGAUCUGGCGGAUGGGAGAACCUCGAUGGACGACGAAGCGAACCCCCUCAGUACGAGAAGGGACCGCGGGGAACACUACGCCUAGACACGGGAUUCUAUGGCCCCGACGGCAAACCCGCCAGCUACGGUCCUGGCGGCACAUAUCCCGCCAACUACACAAUGUCGCCAGCUGAUAACCGCGGCAGCCCUAUCCACCAAAGUCCCACAGGCACAAUCCCGAUGAGGAUGAAUAAUGUCAGUGGGCAAGGCACAUACAACAGUCAACAAAACCCAUUCAGCAAUCAACAGAGCGCCUAUACCAGCCAGGUCGGGACGUAUGACAGCCAAACCGGGACCUACAUCAGCCACGCGCCUAGCGGAUCCCUUACUCACAUUAUUGGACAGUACGGCAGCCCAACAGACCCUAAUCUGACAUUACGGUCAGGCGUGGGUGCCGGUGCGUACUUCAACCAGUCUGAGCUCGCCCGCCAACCCUCCGAUGCCUAUAACCCGGCUCAACGGCAAGUUAACCGGGCCAGCGAGCUUUCGUCCAUUUCUUCUGGCUUCGGCGAUGGUGACAUCAUCGUACCCGGGAUGCCUGGCAUGGUGCUCCAGCCGCCUCCCCCAGUGUCACAGUCACUGAGAGCCAGUCAGAACGGCGUCGGUCGCUUCUCCUGGAUGAGCAAGACGAACCGCGAAACAGUGUACACAGAGGCUAGCGAGGACCUUCCACCUAGAUUUAGGACGGUCGACAGCUGGGUCAACCAACAGACCGGUCGCGUCAAGAGAGCACAAGCAAGGCCGGAGACGGAUGAAGACAUCCCGCCCGUGCCGGGUCUACCGGCCGGAACAGGCCAAAAUGGCAUGCCACCUGAGCCCCAGUUUACUAUGAUGAUGCCGGACGGGGAGGUACCCCGUCGGCCGGAUAUGGGGCCGAACGCGCAGUAG